CCGCCCAUUCAACAACAAACGGUCGGAACGGAGCGCGCGGCUUUCCUCCGAGAGCGCUAAAUUAAUUAACUGUGAGCCGAGCGCACGAGUGUGUGUUCGAGUGCGUGUGCGAGUCCAUGAGCGGAGAUAAUUAGCUGAGCGCGGCCAACUCCCAAAUCGAGAACAAAACGAGCGAAAACAACGCAAAAUGCAUUAGCAGCGACAAUUGCGCGGAAUGCAGGCUUUGUGCAAUAGUUACUUCGAUUCCCCGGUGUUCGUCAAAGUCCACAGCGAAAUCCGAGUCGAAAUGCUGGUGUUGGCGGCAUUGUGAAAACGAAAUCGAAAUUCCAACUACGUGUUGCUCUUUUCGGUUGCCUAAUUUUGUGUCUUGUUGUUUUUAUUUUCGCAAACGAAAGUCUACCGCUUUGCAUGUGUGAGUGGUGAUCGCUGGUAAAAGUCGGCGCUGAAUCAACAACAACAACAGCAGCGCGGAGAAGAAAAGCCUUCAAGAUGAGUGUGUGGAGCGAUUGCAAUGCCAAGCAGGCAGAAUUCGGCAUUGCCAAGUGCAAUUUCGACCAGGAGACGAAGCCACAUCGCCUCAAUCUGGAUGUGGGCGAUGCUGUCAUAAUUCUGAAGGAGACCACCCACUGGUACUACGGCUACAGGCAAAAAGCAAAGGAAACACGCGGCAUAUUUCCCAAGAGCUAUAUACAUUUAUGCGAAUAUAAUAUCGUGAAUGGGGAGUACUGCAUCCAGCGUACGGAUAUUGUCGAGGAGAUCACCAAAGUGCUCCUUGAGUGGGGUUCCAUAGCCAAGAAUUACUUUCUGACCACGAAUCCAAGCUUUUCGAAAAUUCGCGGAAAAAUGAACGAAUUGAACAAUAACAGGGCGGCCCUGAUCUCCGGCAAUCUGCCGCUGGACGAAGUGCGGAAGGUGAAGCUGCAGGCCACCAACCAGAUCGACACGGGCAACAAGCUCCUCGGCCUGGACAUGGUGGUGCGGGAUGAGAGUGGCGAUAUUUUGGACACCAAUGCCAUUUGCACCACCGAGCUGUACGAACAGCAUACGCAAGCUGUUCAGCGCAUCGAAAAGGCCAAUCGUCUUUCCGGCGACCGGGGAACCACUCGAACCCCCAACAAGUACUCGCACAACAUCCUGCUGCACGUGAACGCCUUCGUUUGCAAGUUCCAGGAGGAUUCGGACCUGCUCUUCACCCUUUUCGAUGGAGAGACGCACAAGCCGAUUAGCGAGAACUAUGUGGUCAAGUGGUCGCGAACGGGAAUCGCCCGGGAUAUUGACCAGAUCGACAACAACCGCGUGCUGUUCACGGAUCUCAGUAAAAGCGAUCUGGCCAUCGCCAAAAUGUACCUCGUCUGCUAUGCCAUCCGCAUCGGUUCCAUGGAGUUCAAGGAUUCGGCCGAGUCCAAGCGGACCAGCAUGAGCAUUGCCAACAGCAUGCUGACUCGCAAGGCUUCCCAGUUGUCGGUGAGUUCCAGUGGCUCGGCCAGCAGCAAUGGGGAAUACAUUAUCCGGCGACCCUUCGGAGUUGCCUGCAAGGAUCUGACGCCGUUCAUCAACAAGUCGGACGACUUUCGCGGCAACAUCGACUUGCCCUUCAUCAUGUGCGAGAAGGAUACGCUGGAUGGCACCCUGCGCAAGCUGAUAGCCAACAAGGAUAUCGGCAAGAUAGACUCCAAGAUGGCUGUUACCAUCGAGGUUCUACGAGGCGACAUCAAGCAGAUUAAGGAGGAAUUUCCCCGACUGAUGCACACAAAUGUGCCGGUGGCCCGCAAGAUGGGAUUCCCAGAAGUUAUUCUCCCCGGCGAUGUGCGAAACGAUCUGUACCUAACGAUCUGCAGCGGAGAGUUUUCGCGCAUUGCCAAGACAUCGGAGAAGAACGUGGAGGUGUCGGUGUGUGUGGCCAACGAGCAGGGAUACCUCAUGCCCGGCGUGCUGAGCAUCGGGGCAGGGCAUCAGCCCAUUGACGAGUACAAGUCGGUGGUUUAUUACCACGACGACAAGCCAAAGUGGCAGGAGACCUUCAAGAUUCACGUGCCCAUCGAGGACUUUAAGCAGUGUCACCUUCGUUUCGUCCUCAAGCACCGCAGCAGCAACGAGCAAAAGGAUCGCACUGAGAAGCCCUUCGCCCUGUCUUAUGUGCGCCUGAUGCAGGCUAACGGCACGACCAUCACCCAGGGUCAGCACAUACUCGCUGUGUACAAGAUGGACCACAAGAAGUACGACAAAACGGUGGCCAAUUGUUACCUGGAGCUUCCAGCCACGGUGGCUGAGCUGCAGGGCGCCAAGCCCUCCAUCGGCGGACUCACUCUCCUGCCGAAGGAUCAGCUCUCCAUUGGCGUCAACCUGUGCAGCACCAAGCUCACGCAGAGCGUGAGCUUGCUGGGCCUUCUUAAUUGGUCCGCCCACAAGGAGACGCUGGAACAGUCCCUUAACGCCCUGUCCACGGUGCCCGGCGAGGAGGUGGUGAAAUUCCUGCAGGACAUACUCGAUGCCCUGUUCAACAUACUGGUGGAGAAUGAUCAGCCCGAGAAAUACGACCAGCUCGUCUUCAUGAGCAUUAUACAUUUGAUUGAAACCGUGUCCGAUCUCAAGUACCAACACUUUCUCACUGUUCUCGAUGUGUAUAUCAAUGAGAGCUUCUCAUUUACCCUUGCCUAUACCAAACUGAUGGAUGUGCUGCAAAAGAAUAUCAGCGAUGCAAUCACGCCGAAAGAAAAGUCUGCCGAUGGCAAUGACCUGGAGGAGAGCGUCGAGGUGCGGCGUUUGUACAAGACCACUCGUUACCUUCACUACGUAAUGAAGUUUGUGAUUCGAUCGCGGGUUCUCUACGCCGAGAUGAACUGCAACACGGACUAUGUGGACUUUGCCACGCGGCUGCAGGAAUUACUUCGCAUGUUUAUCGACAUGAUUGGCUGUCCGAGCAAUCUGCUCAAGUCGGAGGGAGCGCUGCUCAAGAAUCUGCACAUCAUAGCCACCGAUCUGAUGCAGGUGUUCGAUCAAGUGCGAUUGAGCGUUUCCAUUGUGGAGAUCCUUGAGAAAUUCCCACCGCGCCGCCUGACUCAGUCGAAGAUGGGCUGCAUCAAAGACUUUGUGGAGACCAAGCUCUUCACCCUACCCAAGUGUCGAGCCAUCCUACUGCCCGUGUUCUGCAAGCACAUCAAGGAUCACCUCGACAGCAAGGAAGAGGGAGACUCGAAAACCGAUAUCUGGCAGCAAGAAAAGAAUCUUUCGAAAGCCGCUAAAGUGCUCGGACAGAAAAAAUCCCAACUGCACACAUGUGAUACGACUGCCAACAAAAAGAUUGCCGAGUGCAUCAACAUUAUGAACAACAUACUGAAACUUCUGUUUCGGUCGGACGUGGGCGCCACGCACAACGACAUUCGGGACAUUAUGAUCAUCCUGUUCCGCACCGUGAUGAAGGCGGCCCACGCUUUGGACAGGGACACGGGAUUGGUGGGCAAGUUCUUUGCCAUCAUGCUGGGAAUCCUGCAGCGCAUGGACGCCCAUCACUACGAGUACUUUGUGAAGGACCUGCAUCAGCGCGGGGAGCUGAAGCACUUUGUCGUCGAGAUCCUGCUGGUUUUCGAGGAGCUGGUGUCGCCGCACCAGAAGGCCGUUUUCCCGCGCGAUUGGAUGGACAUGAUAAUGCACCAGAACACCGUGAUCUUGGGCGCCCUGAAGCACCUGUCCGUGGUGAUCACGGACUACUUUUUGUGUCCCUUUGAGAAGCAGAUCUGGUCGAAUUUCUUUCAGUGCUCCAUCGCCUUUCUGGUGCAAUCCCCCCUGCAGUUGAACGACUUCAACGACAAUAAGCGGCAAAUAGUGUUCGCCCGGUAUCGCGACAUUCGCAAGGACACGGCCAUGGAGAUCCGGAAGAUGUGGUUCCAGCUGGGGCAGCACAAGCCCAAGUUCGUGCCGCAGCUGGUGGAGCCCAUACUGGAGAUGAGCAUGAUUCCGGAGAAGGAGCUGCGCCAGGAGACGAUCCCCAUCUUCUUCGACAUGAUGCAGUGCGAGUACUACAGCUCGCGGCUGGAGCAGGAAAGCUAUGGCGACACCAAGUUCAAUAACGCCCACUACAAGGGUAACUUUUCGGACUUCAAGACGGCGAUGAUCGAGAAGCUGGACAUCCUGAUUGGAGCGGGCAAAGGCGAUGCCGAGUACAAGGUUCUGUUCGAGACCAUCAUGCUGGAGCGAUGUGCUGCGCACAACACCCUAAAUGUGGAUGGCACCGCCUUUGUGCAGAUGGUCACGCGGCUGAUGGACAAGCUGUUGGAAUACCGCUUUAUUAUCCAAGACGAGAGCAAGGAGAAUCGCAUGGCCUGCACCUUCUCGCUGCUGCAGUUCUACUCGGAGGUGGACCUCAAGGAGAUGUACAUACGGUAUGUGUACAAACUCUGCGCCCUGCACAUGGAGUUCGAGAACUACACGGAGGCUGCUUUUACUUUGAAGCUGCACACGGAGCUGUUGCGCUGGACGGACACGGAGCUGUCGCACCAGCUGCGCAGCUACAAGCACAGCCACUGCCGCACCCACCGCCAACUAAAGGAGGCUCUGUACUUUGAGAUCAUGGAGUACUUCGACAAGGGAAAACAGUGGGAGUGCGCCAUUGAUAUGUGCCGGGUGCUGGCCCGCCAGUACGAGGAGGAGAUCUUCGACUACCUGAAGCUGGCCGAGCUUCUCAAUCGCAUGGCUUUGUUCUACGAGAAGAUCAUCAAGGAGCUGCGGCACAACUCGGAGUAUUUCCGCGUGUGCUUCUAUGGCCGGGGAUUCCCGCGUUUUCUCCAGAAUCGCGUUUACAUCUUUCGUGGCAAGGAGUACGAGCGGCACAGUGAUUUCUGCGCCCGCAUGCUAGUGCAGCAUCCACAGGCUGAACUCAUGCAAACGCUGGAGGCGCCGGGCGAGGAGAUCACCAACAGCGACGGGCAGUUCAUCCAGGUGAACAAGGUGGAGCCGAUCAUGGGUCAGGCGUUCAGCAAGUUCAACGAUAAGAUCAUCAACAACGAAAUCGUCAAGUAUUUCGCCGCCAACAAUGUGCAGAAGUUCCAGUUUUCGCGUCCGUUCCGGGACAGUAUUAAUGGCGGCGACAGGGACGAUGUUCGGAAUCUGUGGCUGGAGCGCACCGAGCUGCUCAUCCGUUUCCCCCUGCCGGGCAUCCUGCGCUGGUUCCCCGUCAUCGAAACAAACACAUUCAAGAUCUCUCCGCUGGAGCGAGCGGUGGAAAUCAUGAAGGACACGAAUCGGGACAUUAGGCAGCUGGUGAUUCUGCACAAGAGUGACGAGAGUCUGCACAUCAACCCGCUGAGCAUGAAACUCAAUGGCAUUGUGGAUCCGGCUGUGAUGGGUGGCUUUGCCAAGUACGAGGAGGCCUUCCUAACCGAGGAUUAUCUAGAGCAGAAUCCGGACGACAAGGAGUUGGUGGAGGAGCUCAAGGAACUGAUUGCCCAUCAGAUUCCGCUGCUGGAGAUAGCUAUUCAGCUCCACCGUAUGCGUGCUCCGGACAGCCUGAAAGCGCUGCAGGAGCACCUGGAAGGCUGCUUCGCCGACAUGCAGCAGCACGUGGAGUUGCGAUACGGUCGCAAGUCCUGUGACCUGAAAAUUGAGCGAGAUUCGGUAGUCAUGCGGAGGCCGAACUUUUUCCUGCCUCCUCUCUUCGAUGGCAGCAACAAUCGGCACUCGGAAACCAGCAUGGGAUCCUCAGAUAGCGGCCUGUCGAAGUCAACAUUUCUGCCGCGUCCACAGACCAAUUCCAUUAAGAACCCAUUCUCCGGCUUAGGUUUCAACACUAGACCCAGUUUGGGACACUCACCGAGCAUCAAGAGCAACAAGAGCAAGGACAAGACUCCCAGCAAGCGGCGAAAUAAGGAUGGAAAGGUUAAGGAGCGGGAAGCGCAUAGCCUGUCCAGCAGCCAGUGGUAUACACCUCCGCUGUCCACCAUAACAUCGACGCCGGAGAAGGAGAUCAACACAUCCAUAGCUUCGCUAGCCAGUACAUCUAAUAGUUCUCUGAGUGGUCCCAAGACGCCGGAUCCACAUGUUCUCACAGAGGAGCUUACACCCAAGCGACCUCUGCGUUCGGAAAUGGAAAAGGAACGUCGACUCUCUCGUCCUGCCAGCAUUGCCACGCCAACGGCCACCAUUAAGAAUUUCCCCGACACGCGCUCGCUGUCCGAGAGCAGCAAUCGCAACUCUGUUGAAACUACAGAUUCUACAUCGGAGGAGGACAUUCGGCCACCACCGCUGCCAGCCAAAGCACGCGACUCCACGGAUUUCACGAGCCUGUCGCAGAACUUGGAUUGGACGCCGAAUGGCUAUGCGAUGCUCAGCACAAUUAGCAACACCAGCAGCAGCAGCAUGAGCACCACCUCGACCCUGACGAAGACCAGUAUUACCAACACCACGUACGAGUAUUUGGAGACCACGAACUUCAGUUUGGUGGGUGCCGUCGAUGGAAACAAGCCGCGUCCGCCGACGCCGCCACCGAAGCCAUCGCGCCACAGCAAACACAUUCCAUAGGGCAGCCCAAAAGCUUCCAGUGCAGCGCCAUAAAUGUUCAAACGUUGUCGAGUGCCAAAUAUUCCUGUUACUACUUGCGUAGCUGGCCAACGAGCCCGUAGCCGCAGCCACAAAAACAGCAACGACCUUUGCCUCAACCUAUCGACCGCCUACCAAAUCAAGUGUCUUAACAAACGAUCGCAUUAGCCUGUAACAUUCAGAUUUCCGAUUACUAUGUUUAAGUGUUUGAUUACGUCUAAAUGAUAUUAUGUUGAACAUGUCAUUUUCGUUUAGUUAAGGUUUUAUCGUGUAAUUUGUUUCCAACAAACAAACCCAACUGCUUGUCUUCCACAAGUACCAAUUAAUGUUGUAUGUACACAUGUCUGUUGUACUUUAGAUAUCUACGAAUAGAUGUAAGCUUAAAUCAGCAAUUCGAAGAACUUUGUACGUCUCUUAUGCAAACAAGUGCCACAGUCUAUAUGCAAUAGCAAUUAACAUACACGAACCAACGACCAUUUAUUCGAUUUUACGAACAAGCAAAAUGGUUUUAGCACAAAUUUACUAACAAGUCAAUUACGAAAUACUAAUGUGAAACGAAAACUUGUAUGCUGCAAUUUUAAACAUUUUUUGAAGAACGCAUAACUAUUUACACUGUUUUUUAACGAUUCAGUAUAGCCAUAAUGUAGAGAAAAUAAAUGUUGAGAUUUAUUCGUUAAGCUUAUAUAAAUAUUAUAUAUGAAAUACUAGCACUGAAACCAUACGACACAAUUAUUUUAACGAACCUGAGUUUAAAUAUUUAAUUUUAGACAACAUCAUUGUUUAAUUUUGUUUUUAAAUGGAUUCUGUGUAAUUUUCGAUCUGUGUAUCGGCCAAAGAUUAAGCAAUAAUAAAAUACAAUUAAGCAUGUAAAAA